UCAACAGUUUUAGUUGAAUGUUUCAAGCACUAGGAAAAUUGUCAAUAAUUAAAGAUAAUAAUGAGAGAGGUUUGAUGUUUAGAUUUAGUUGAAGGAACAAAAGGUUCGAGCUUGUUCCUGAGCUAAAUAGCCUUAGCUCUAAUGUUGCCGCUUAGCCAUUGAGGGACCCGGAGAAAAGAAACAGCCUAAAGCAUGGUUACAAAUGUCCCAGUUUUCCAAAGUUGACAAAUGAUCCACUGAGAAAACUUGAUCAUCUCAAGACUCAAAUCCUGGUUAAUGAUAACUUCCAUCUUCAUUCAUGGCGUUAAUUAUUUACCUUUUUUUUUUUUUUUUAUCCAUGUGUAACUGUUUCAUACAUUAUCCCCUUAUGUGCUUUACUUCAAUGUUGUGAUUAAGAAAAUCCCGUACUGGACUCCCUUGCUUAUUUAAGGAUUAUGUAGCGCAAAAGAGCCUACUACUGCAGUUAAGCGUAUCAAGCUUACUUAAAUACCAUGGCUAAUAUCCAUCAGCCUUUACUAGACAGACCAAGAGGUUCUUACAGCAGGGAUUGCCCCCUAAUUUUCACAUUGGUACUUCUAAUAUGCUUAGCUGCCCUGGUUGCUAUCCCUUUAGUAAGAUUCAGCUUCUUCGAUGCUAAUCAUCCAUAUAAAUAUUGUGAGAGAGCUGUUGACCAGAAAUCAUGUUCAGCCUUGCUCUCUGAAGUAGCCUCAAAGACAACCGUGAGAACGAAGGGUGUUGAUCUGCUACAUGCUUUCUUAGAGCGAUCUGCUUCUGAUAUGCAAAAUGUCAUCAACCAGGCUCGCAACUUCAACGAUGGAAUCAAUAAUCGUAGAGAGCAAGCGAGUUCGGCUGAUUGUCUGGAGUUGAUGGAGUUAUCCAGGGACAGGAUCAUGGAUUCUAUGGUUGGUGUUGAAAAACAAGAUGUUAAUUGGCAUUCAAAUGCUCAGGCGUGGCUGAGCAGCGUGCUGACAAACCAUGUGACGUGCUUGGAUGGGCUACAAGGGUCAGUGAGGACCCUUAUGGAGCCAGGGCUCAGCGACCUUAUAUCGAGAGCAAGAACUUCCCUGGCCAUUUUGGUUUCCGUUUCUCCUACGAAGACAGAAUUCGAUGACGACCCAUUGACCGGUGGAUUUCCAUCAUGGCUCAGCAGCAAGGAUCGAAAGCUUUUACAGGCUUUGCCUAAUGAAAUCAAGGCCGACGUUGUGGUGGCCAAGGAUGGGAGUGGCAACUACAAGAGCCUAGGAGAAGCAGUGGCAACGGCACCAGAUAAAAGCAAGACCACGUACAUAAUUCAUGUGAAAAAGGGUACUUACAAAGAAAACGUCGAGAUUGGAGCAAACAAGAAGAAUUUGAUGAUUGUUGGUGAUGGCAUGAACUCGACGAUUAUCACCGGUAGCCUAAAUGUCAUUGAUGGAUCCACAACCUUCAAAUCAGCCACCGUCGCGGCUGUUGGUGAUGGAUUUAUGGCCCAAGACAUAUGGUUCCAAAACACAGCUGGGCCACAAAAGCAUCAAGCUGUGGCCAUCCGAGUUGGAGCCGAUCAAUCUGUUAUAAACCGCUGCAAGAUCGAUGCUUACCAAGACACUCUUUACGCCCACUCCAACCGCCAGUUCUACAGGGAUUCCUACGUUACCGGCACGGUGGACUUCAUAUUUGGCAAUGCAGCUGUGGUGUUCCAGAACUGCAAACUCGUGGCCCGGAAACCCAUGAACUCACAAUCAAAUAUGUUUACGGCCCAAGGAAGAUUAGAUCCAAACCAAAACACUGGGACUUCGAUCCAAAACUGUAAUAUACUAGCAAGUGCUGAUCUUGAGCCCGUUAAAGGCUCCAUCAAGUCAUAUUUAGGCCGGCCCUGGAAGGAGUAUUCACGAACUGUUGUGAUGCAAUCCUACAUUGGUGACCAUAUUGACCCUUCAGGUUGGUCGGUUUGGAGUGGGGAUUUCGCUUUGAAGACAUUGUACUACGGGGAGUACAUGAACAGGGGAUCAGGAGCCGACACUAGCAAGAGAGUGAAAUGGCCAGGCUUUCAUGUCAUUACUAGCGCCGAAGAGGCCAAAAAGUUCACUGUGGCUGAGCUCAUACAGGGAGGAUCUUGGUUGAAAUCUACAGGGGUGACUUUUAAAGAAUGGCUGUAAAUAUAUUCACUGCGACUCUUGUGUUUUUUUUUUAAUAAAUGAAAGUCGUCCAUCAACCCUUCCGCUGUAAUAGUUUGGCUAAAAUGGACACGAAUUUAAGGUUUGAAUCAAGCUUUAGUUCAUUAACUAAUCGAUUGCUUUGAAGCAAGGGUAAUAAGAAGUUACUGUUGUCUUACUCAA